AGCGCUGCGGCGGGACUGAAUGAUGUCAUCACGUCUCCCCCACCCCCACCCCGCGCGGCCCGGAAGUCUCUGGACCCCGCCUCCCAGCAGUCGUGAAGUUUUCUUAGUUGUUUGAGGCGGGAUUACUGCGCUGCAGGUGCGAGGUGAUUUUCCCGUCCGGGUUGCCUUGCGGAGGCUCCUGGCCAAUCCUGAGUAGUUAGGAGAAGAAUCUGUAAGGUGCUCUGAAAAGAGAGAAGAAAGUGGCAUUUUACUAUUCAGGAACGGGAAGGGCCUCAGAAGAAUGGGACUUUGCAGACCAAGGACAAGAGGCAGUAGCCGCACGGAAAGUUCUAUCAGAUGGUUCCCUGACCAGGAAAGGCAGAUGAGAGACUGCUGGUGAGUCCCCUGCCAUUCAUGGACCAGACUGCAUACUGGAUUAAUUCCUCACUUCUCAACACGUGGGAGCUGCUAAACUUGUCGAUGCUGGUUUGCAAACAACACUGAUCUAAUUCAUUUACCACAGUCUAAUGUAUGGGCAUUCACCAGUGAUAAAGUUGUCCUGGUUAAAAAACCUGGCACCAGCUUCUACAUGGGCAUGAACCGUCAUCCUGUCGGCACUCCUAAACCCCAGUACAGCGCCCCCUUUCAGCAAUAAAUAGUAAAAGAAAGAAAAUCUUCACGCUUUUUCUAAUAAUCAAAAGGUAGGAAUGAAAGGUUUUUGCCCCAGAUGGGACACUGUAGCCAGUGGGAGGCUGGGAGGCAGAACCAAGGGGCUCUUGGUUCCUUUUCCCGCCCCUAGGCAAUUUACCUGUGGCGUAAAAUGAAUACCAGUGGGCUACCUGUGCAUCACUAAUGCCCCUUAGGCACCACCCCAAACCUAAGCUACAUGUAUGCCCCCACAUCACGUGUCUGGCGGAGAGAAUGCCAGACUCCAGAGGGCAUGGAGUCUCUCUCCACAUUCUUAAAAUAAAGGCCGCUUUUAUUUCAUACUUCUUAUCUUUUAGCCAUUUUUAUUUUAUACUUCUUAUCUUUUUAGCCAUGCCGAAAAUUCUGUCAGAUGGUUCCCUUCCACACCGAAAAUUCUAUCAAGUACUAUAGUUACUCUGUCCUUUGUAUUUGUGCUGGGACAAGACAUGGGGGAACGGGUGUCUUAUACAAAUGCUUAGAUCUAAACUAGAUGCAGCUCUGCUCUCUUUUAUUUAAUGGUCACAAUAUAGUCAAGAAAGCUAGUUUUUUUUUUUUUGCUUGUCCUCUAUACUCUCUGUUUUCUUAAUUACAUCUCAUAAUUGUUAUGCUGUCAAGUAUGUUAGUUAUACACUUGGUAUAAGACUUAUAGUGUGAAUAGUUGUAUUGCUUUACUUUAAACCCUUAUUAUUACGAAGAAGAAGAUUGACUUUGCCAGAAAUAGUUUCUCCAUGUUGCUGGUUUUAAAUUUGUUCACUCUAGCUGGUUCUGGUAGUGCACACUUGUUAUCCCACCACUCGGGAAGUUGAGGCAGGAGGAUUGUUGUGAGUUUGAGACCAGCCUGGACUGAAAAGUGAGCUCAAGGCCAGUCUGAACCACAUAGUAAGACCCUGUCUUGAAAAGGCAAAAAAACAAAAACAUAAAUUUGUUCACUCUAGUAAAAUAAAACAAUGGCUUCUCAAAUGAAGGUCUCAUGGUAGUCUCUUAGAAACAGGUCGGUGACACUACCUUGACAACAGGAGAUAAGAUGUUCAAAUCACAUUUUAUAUGUUUAGUUUAACCAUCUGGCUAAGUUCAUGGAAAAACUUCAGUACCCUCUGUGACAUUUUCCCAGGUAAACAAUUAAAGAAUUUAUCAACAAACUGAAAAAAAGUGACUGUCUUUUGCUGGGUAAAUGAGAUUCUUUGGCUUUUGAGAAUAACAAACUAUUAAUUUGUCACUUUAAUUCCUGAAAACAUUCAAAUUUUCAGACUUUACUGUAUAUGAGUAUGCCAGCAUUUGGAAGACUAAACAUUAAAAGAAGAAAAGCCAAAGAGGAAGAUUAGCUUUCCAGUCUUUGCAACCAAAGUGCGACACUUUUUAAAAAAAUAUUUUUCAUUUUGUUCUAUUGUUAUUUUUAUUAAAAAUGCAUAAUUGUACAUACUUACAUAGUACAACUCAUGCCUUUUAUAUACUAUUGGAAGUUCUGGUAAUUUACAACAGAGUAGAUUACUGUAGCUAGCUGAGUACAUGACUGUAGCUAAUAAUAUUUUGGAUACUCCCAGCAUCAGCAUUUUCAAAAGCUUUUUAAAAAGUGCUGUUGUGAUUGAUAAGAUUGAGAGGCAAAAUCCUAGAGAAAUUAUUCAGAUGACCACAGUUAGGAUGUGUGUUGCCAUAAUCUCCCGACAUGGUGCUGUCAACUUCAGAUCUCAGAACAAAAGCAAAUUGAGUUAUUACAGUUAUUGUCUAAUCUGUCUGUUUUGAUGUUUGUCCUCAUGUAGAACAGAGCAUAGGAGAAUAGUCAUUAUCAUUUUUAAAACUUCAAGUAAAAUUAAAAUCUAUCCUCUCUCCUCUCCUACUUCCUUUCUUUUUUAACCUUUUCUUUUCUUUCUGAGAUACCAUCUCACUCACAUGUAGUCCAGCCCAGUCUUGCAUUCCCUAUGGAGUCCAGGCUGGUCUCACAGAGCCUCCAGCUGGCAAAGAUUCCUGGCAUGCUCAUUCAUAGCACAGCAGCUCAGUGAGUAUAAAUGCAGUGAAUUUAUCUCCCAGAUGUGGCAGAGUACCUGUCUUCAUUGUUGCCAUGGCGUUUUGUUUUUUGUUUUGGGGUUUUUUUUUUUCCUGUUGAUUCAUUGUUUUUAUAGCAUACUUAACCUUGCUACGGUUGUAUGCUAGAUUCCAUCUUUAUGUGUUCCAUACCACUGAGGCUAUAAAAAUUAACAAUAUCCUAAAGAAGGUUAUUUCCAAAAUAAAACAGUGAUUAUUUUAUCUUUUUCUAUAUGUAUAUUUAUUAUACAAACUUGGAAACACUUAAAAUGGAAAAAAACAUUUUUAUGAAAAAAUCCUAUUUUGUUUGAAAUAAAACAAAAGCAUUAACCUAGAAAUAGUAAAUAUUUAUUGCAGAAAUUUCAGACAAUAUUGAGAAUCCAGGUAAAUAGAGACAGAUGAUGGUGUAAGAGGAGCUCAUUGAGCUGAGGGCAUGAAUGAUCAUUUUUGAGGAUGAUAACCCUUUUGUACUUUGAUUGAUUAUCAUUUUGGUACUAUAACUUCUACUAUUUUGAACACUUAGAAGUUUUAAGGUCUAUUCAUAUGAUUACACCACAGAUUAGCAAAGUAUUUUUUUAUUCCUGUGCUGCUUCAGUAUGACUCGGUACCUAAAUAAUAUUCCACAUUUUUGAUGCUCCAUGAAAUCACUAGGACUGAGUUAUUUCUCAGAUGCACAUAAGAGGGCACCAAUGAUCAGAAAAAAGAACUGUUUUCUCCAAGUUUAUCCACCUAGGAAAACUAACACAAAAGAGAAAUUGUCAGACUGUUAGAUGUAUCAAUCUCUUAAUUUUGUUUUUCUUCCUUUGUCUUUUAUUCUUAGAAAUCUCUUUCUUUUAGAUAUAAAAGAUACCAACUCAUUUUUUUCCAGUUGUUUGCAGUGUUUAUUUGUAUAUUGUUAAAUAACUAAAGACAUCUGGGAUACGUGUUGUUGAAAUGAAUUAGCAGCUUUUUUCUUAGGGGAUAAUUUGAUGAAAUAAUUCAAAAUUUAUAUGUAGAAAUAAACACUGAUAAAAGCUGAGAAGUAUUUGACAAGAAAAAUAGCACUGGAGCAGGGAGAUUGUACCUCUAAAUUUUUUAAUGAUAAUUAUUUAAUAGUUAGCACUGAGCUGUUUCAAGGAAGAUCAGUUCUGUUCAGUGUAAAGAGAUAUUUAAAAUAACAUGAAAAAUUCCUUUUUCUCAGAGCAACUUAAUUUACUAAUGUGGGAUCUGGUAACUUUUCCGAUUUAAUGUUACAAUUUUAAAAACAAAAAUGCAAGCCAAAUUUUUCUAAUUCUAAAAAUUUCUUAGUGCCUAUGAAUUUUACAUGUUAAGUUUCACUGUCUAGAAUACAUGUUGAUGAUUAUCAUUCCCCAGUUACCCUCCCUUGCCACUGACCCCCUUUUACUGAGGGUCUCCCUUCUACUUUCCCUGUAAUCCCAGCACUUGGGAGGCUGAGGCAGGAGGAUCAUUGUGAGUUCAAGACCAACCUAGGCUACAAAGUGAGCUCAAGGCCAGCCUGAACUGAGACCCUACCUCAAAAAGACAAGAAUUAAAAAUUAAAAAAAAAUGCAACACUUGUCUUUCUGGGUCUGGCUUAACAUCAUGAUCUCCAGUAUCAUCCAUUUUUCUGCAGACAACAAAAUUUUAAUCUUUGUGGCAGAUUAACAGUCUGUUGCGUAUACAUACCACAUUGUCUUUAUUCAUUCACAUGUUUUGGGGCACCUUGCUAACAGCGAAUUGUGUCCAGUAAACAUGGGUAUGCAAUUGUCUCUAUAGUUGACUGACUUUUAUCAAUUAAGAAAUAGUAGAGUUAGAUCAUAUGGUACUUGUAUUCUUAAUUUUUUGAGAAACGCACUCAUUUCCAUAGAGCUGCACAUUUCCACCAGCACUAAAUAAUAGUUCCUUUUUUCCUGCAUCCUUGCCAGCACUUACUAUUUUUGUAUUCUUUGAUGAUGAUUAUUCUAACUGGGGUGAGAUACAAUCUGAAUGUAGUUUUGAUUUUCUUGGUGGCUGAGGAUAUUGAACAUUUUUUUCAUAUACUUUUGGCUAUUGGUACUGCUUCUGAAAAAUGUGUGUUCAUUUUGCUCAUACAUGAUUGGGCUAUUUGAUUUUUGGUGCUAAGUUUCUGGAGUUCUUUUUAAUCUUUGCUUGGGAGACUAGCUGGCAGAGGGUUUUUUCCCAUCCUAUAGGCUAUCUUUUCACAUGUCAGAAACAUUUUAGUUUGAAGGAAUCCCGUUUGUUGAUUCUUGCUACUACUUCCUGUGUUAUUAGAUUUUGCCUGGGCCUGUUAUUAGUACAGUUGGGAACCGUGGAACUGAGGACAUCAUUUCCCUUGCAUCCAUUUAGUUCUAAACUUCACUCUAGAAUCAGUCCACCUUCCAUUGUCCUAAAAGAGGUAGAAAAUAAUGUAACAAAAUCCAGAAGAUCUGUGCUGCUCUAAGUAAGAGCACAUGUGUGUUGGUUCUCCUAACCUGACCUUCAGAUACCCUACUCAAACAUCCUUAAGUGUCCAUAAAUAUGUACUAUCAAGUGUGUGGUUAAGAUCAUAGUGAAUUCUGAAUCAAACACGUGUGUCGAGAGCCCCUGAGAUAACAUAGUACCUUGUUGAACAUUCCUGUCCAUCACACCUAGACACUCAGGAGAAUGCUCCAGGCUGAGGUGCCCCGCCUUUAAGUUCCAAAAGUCUGGCUGCUCAGUGGAUGCUCCCAUAUGCUGUGAUUGGGGUGUAGUGCUCUUACUUUUCUGUUAUCCUGACACCAUUUUUCUGUCUGUGCUUUAUCUUUUGUUGACACACUUGCCCAAGCACAACUUUCUGUGGUCCUCGAUAAAACUAGCUGCCUGCCACUUUACCCUGUUGUACGCUCGCAGUUCCUUCCUCAUCAUACUCACGGCCUGGACUGCAUUUGCCCAUCCGCAGUAACGCUGUGCUUCCCAGCCUUUCCCCUUUGUUUUCUUCUGGUAGUUUCAAGGCUUCAGACUUCAUAUUUAAGUCUUCAGUCCAUUUUAAAUUGAUUUUUUUUUUUGGUACUGGGGCUCAGUACACAACCUUGUGCUUGCCAGGCAGGUGCUUGUGCUGCUAAGCUAAAUCUCCGGCCCUUUGAAUUGAUUUUUGUAUUGGGUAAGAUGUAAAAAUCCAAUUUCAGUCAUCUGUACUUGGAUAUCCAGUUUUCCCAGCACCAUUUUUGAAGGCAGCUGUCUUUUAAGCAUACAAGUUUAAGUUUGUUCAUAACCAAAUGGCUGGUUGUGCAGGUUUGUUUCUGUGUCCUCUAUUUUUGUUUCACUGUUGUGUGUGUCUUUUUAUGCCUGUAUCAUGCUGUUUUUUUUUUUUUUUUUUUUUGGUCUUUUUCAUUUUUAUCGGUACCGGGGAUCAAACUCACAACUGCCUGCUUGCAAGGCAGGUGCUUAUGCCGCUGAGCUAAAUCCCAGCCCCUAUCAUGCUGUUUUUGUUACCAUGGCUUUGUUGUAUAUGAAAUCGGGCAUCAUGAUGCUUCCACCCUUGCUUUUCUUGUGUAGAAUUGCUUUAGCUAUUCUGUGUAUUACGUGCUUCCAUAUGAAUUUUAGAAUCACUUUUCCUAGUUCUGUGAAGAAUGUUACUGGAAUUUUGGUGGGGUUGUUAUUGAAUUUGUAGGUUAUGUUUAGUGGUAUGGCCACUUAACACCAUUAAUUCUGAAGAAUCGUGAACAUGUGAGACCUUUUCAUCUUCUGAUAUCUUCUUUGAUUUUUCAUCAGUUUUCUACAAAUUUGAUUAUAGAGAUCUUUCAUCUCUUGGUUAGACUGAUUCUUAUUUCAUUUUAUUGAAGUUUAUUAUGGCUUCUAUCUAGAUGGAGAAUUUAGCUGUAUUGAGCUCUAUUGAUUUGCUCCUGCAUUUUUGAAGUUAUAUUUUUAAGUUACUUUCAGUUCUUAAACAUUGAUAGCAAAUCAAGAACAGAUUGUAUGUUGUACAUUCAGAGAUUUUAUUGUCUGUUUAUUUUUAAAUAGUGUCCACAUUGUUCCUGCCUUGAAGCUAUUGCUCUAUAUUUCAGCUGACUUCUUUUAGCUCCUUUCCUUUGAUCUCUUGAAUUAAAAAACAUUGAAAACUUCUUAGGUAUCAUGUCAUUAAAUAUAUCCUACUUUGGACAAAAUGCUUACUGCUGAUAAAACAAACUUCCUACAGGUAAAACAUUAAAAAUUGACAAGCAAUAUAGAAUAAUAGAGAAAAAAAUGGAAGGAAUUAAUUUUGUGGUAGAAAAGAUCAUGGUAGUAGAGAGAUGAGAAGCACAGUGCACUCAUGUGGAGGGCAUGAGGGGAGGAGUGGCAAAUGCUAAACCUGGAGAGAGACGGUUGGAGUCAGUUCUCUCCUAGACCUAGCAGUUAUGGUAAGGAUUGAAAAUCUUCCAAAAGCCAAUCAAUUGAGAAUUUUAAAAUAGCUCCAUGAAUGGAAUGACUUGAUUAAUUAAUAGUUUGAAGAGGUCACUUUGAGCAUAAAAACAGACACACAAACUCCUGGGCGUGGUGGCACAUGCCUGGAAUCCCAGCACUAAGGAGACUGAAGCAGGAAGAUUGCCAUAAAUUCUUCGAUUUGUGAUCUGGGUUAUAUAGUUAGUGAGCUCAUGGCCAGCCUGAACUGUAUAGCAAGACCCUGCCACAAAAGUAAGAAAAAAGCCCUGUUAUUUCUGGGCAAGGAAGUAAAUCCAAGGGUGGAGAAUGAAGAGAUGUUCAGGACCUUUUCUAAUGGAUUUUUAGGCUUUAAGGUUCACCUUCAUAUUAAUUUACCCAAUUGUAGAGGAAGAAGUUCAAAGUUCUCAGGAGAAAGAUGGCUAAAAGGAAAACCAUUCUAUUUGUGUUACAAAUUUCGGAAUUAGUUUUUAACAUUGGAAUUCCUUACUCAGGUGAAUCUGCUGUAGUCACAACCAAUAUAUGCUAACAAAAAAAUUGAUGAAUUUACAAAUUACAUGACCUAAAAUGUGAAAGCAGCUAGACUAAAAAAAAAAAAACCAGACCAGGAAGGUGAGAAUUCUUUAUUUUGUGGCUGGAAAGAUGAUGAUCCUUGACAUAUAAGGAAGAUGUAUAAACCAUCACCUCUUGCCUAUGAGUUCUCGAACUAUUGAUCCAUUAACCUAAAAUAGCUCUGUUGAUCUGGACCUUGCUUGUGCUGGGUCUCUAUGAGCAGCAGAAACUUAGUAGUCACACAAGAAAUGUCUGUCAAGUUAAUAGUUCUUCAUGUUAGUCUAAAGAACUGUAACUAUAAUAGAAAACAAUUAGGAUUUUAAACUGUGUUGAACACUUAUUUAGACUUUUAGGAGUGUUAUUCAAAAUAUAUACUGAUGUCUGUCUUUAGGAAUGUAAAAAAAAAGCUAAUUUUAAUCUAAUCUGGCCACCAAGAAGUAAAUAUAGAACAAUAAGACAAGCACAUACUUUUGUUAAUUGAAGCACUUUAUUUCUAUAAACAUUGAAAAUCCUUAAAGGUUAGAAAAGAGUUCAGCUUUGUUAGUGCUCUGCUACCUGUUAAAUUUAUUACAAAAAUUAGGAAAUAGUAGAAUCCUUUUUUUGCAAUAGACACAAGUAGGAGAGUUAAAAAGAGUAGAGAACACUUUUUUAGCACCUUUGAUUGCUCUUGUCUACUUGAACUAAAGAAAUGUUACACUUAUCCUAAGCCACACCACCCUGGAACUCAUCUGGGAGGCCAAACUAUAAAAGAAAGCUUGUCAUCAUCCUCCCCGUCUGUACUUCUGCUCUCUCUCUUUAUCUGGGAACUUGUGAAGGGCAUUAAGCAGGGAUCAGAGAACAACACAGAGCUCCCAGGUAUGGAGCAGAGAUGCCAUACUGUCUUGUGUAAACCAAGGACUUCAGUGGGCUUGACUGUCCAAAGUUUUUGAUUUUAGUAAUUUCAUAGUCACUUAACUUCAAUAUGACUACAAGGCAACAGAAAUUUAAAAUUAACUAAAGUUUCAGGAUGUAGACCACCCUCUAGUCCUGAGAAUAGGGACUCCUCCAUUUAAAAUGUACUCUUAUAAUAUAUCUCUAUACCUAUAAGGAAUACUUUUUGUUGUUGUUGCUUUGGGAAAUUGAACUCAGGAACUUACACUGAGCUACAUCUCCACCUUUUUUAUUUUUUAUUUUGAGACAAGAACUCAGUCACUAAUUUACCUAUGCUGGAUUCAAAUUUAUGAUUUUCCUGCCUCAGCCUCCCAAAGUUCUGGAAAUAUUGGUGUGUGCCACAAUGCUUAGCUAGAAUAAUUUGUAUUUAGAGGGGAAAUGUAGUUACCUAGGAAGUCUCUCUUCAAUACCCCUCUCAGAAUUAAUCUGGACAAAGGAAAUGUUUCCAAGGACCACUGCUCAAGAUGCAGACAAAUGCAUCAAAUGCAUUUCCUCUACUUGAAGAAAGCAGGUCGUCAACAUUUUAUACUACAUGCUUCUAACAAAAGAUUAUUUUCCCACUUUUUCUGUCUUUAUAAGAUACUUUAUUGCUCUUAUUCUUCUUUUAGUAUGCUUUACCCCUCUGAAUCCACUCCCCAUCCUUCAGUCUUCUCUAUACUACUCUCUGCUGGAACACUAAUUGGCAUGAACAUCAAUGGAUUCUUUUGUCCAAGCUUCUGGUUGGGUUAAACCAAUGAGAAUGUUAUUGUUUCUUUUGCACAAUUUGGAAAGAAAUAAACUGGCAUGCUGCAGCUCCAUAAAGUUAGCAUCUCUUGGCUUUGAGUGCCAGUGACUGAGCCCAGGAUGUUACAGCUCUUAUGGCUAUGGGCCUUCCUGGCAUCUUCUCCAACUUCUCAGCAGAUGAGGCUCACAGCCCCAGUCAGCCCACUGUACCACAGGUAGGGAUUCUGACUGGGGACAGGCUCUCUCAAGCAAGGCUGUGUUGGAAACUGCUGCAGUACAGGGUGGGGAGGUGGGUAGUGUUCAAGAGGGAGCCCUCCUUGACUGUUCUGAGGAGUGUAAUGCAUGCUGUUUGGGAAGAGGACAAGAGUGGGCUGGACAACAUACAGCUUUCACAUUCCCGUUUGAGAACUCAGCAAUGACAGAAUGCUGAUGGUAUCAUCUGGGGCAUUCAAAGUGGAGUCAUCACAUCAUCACGAGCAGUUGCAGGGUGGAGUUUCCUGAGAUAGGUCUGUAUUUCAAGCCUACCAUGGCUGAAGCUAAUCUCCUGGAAGAGCUUCAGGGAAUCUGCUAUAGCUGCACAUGUCGUGGUUACAGCUCCUUGGGACUUGGGGUGACAUGGCUGCUCGUUUGACAGUCCUACAUUUCUAUGAAACUGGAGGGACUGAUGUCACAAAUGAUGCUGUUUGGACGUUGUCUCCAAAAGGGACAACUGUAUUGCUCAUGGCCCAUUGAAAUGUUAGAAUUUGGGGAAUACUGGUAAUGACCCUUUGCUCCUCCUCAGUCCUUGCUUUCUCAGGCCUCAUCUCUGCCUGUCUCAGAGCCAGCAGCAGUCCCUAGAGCAGCUCAGAGCAGGACAGGCUGGAGCAGACUGAUGUGGCUUUGGCUCAGCCUUAGUUCCUGUCCAUGUGACUGACCAGUGGCGGCCACCAAAAUAGUGUAGGGCUGGCAAAAGACACCCUAAUCCACCCUUGAGGAGACAAUGUGGAGUGAAGGCCAGAGCAUGAGCUGUCAGUUGGCUCACACGCUCCGUGCUGUCAGAGGCAAAGAGAAGGGCUGGCCAGUCUUUUACUCCUACCUGGAGAAGGCAUGGCAGGAUACUAGAAAGAACAGGGCAAUGAGAGAGGCUACCUUUUGGUCUGGGUGCUUCCUGUGUCCCUGAUCUGAGAGUCCUUGCUCAUGUCAAGCCAAACAGGUGCAAUAACAUUGUAACAUAAUGAAUGACUCAUAUAUUUAUUUGUGAUGAUGUCAGUGUAAUCAAACCUACUAUGCUUGACAGUUGGAUAAAAGCAUAAUAUAUAAAAUCAUAUAUAAUACAUAAUACUCAGUGAUAACAAUUGAUGACUAUAUUAAUUAUAGUAUGCUGUGUUAUGUCAGUAGCAGCCACAUGUAUCUUGUGUUUACAGUAUUCUUGAUUAUAUCAAAUGGCUAUUUAAGUGACUGGCCUAUACCAUAUUGCCUUAAAUAAGUAACCUCUGAUAGUCACACAGUGAUAAAAAUACUUAAUGAUUCAUUUCUCAAAUCAUUUCUCUUUAUCAGUAACGGAAGCAUGACUAUUGAUACUGGGUUCUGUCCUAAACAGAUUCACUCCUGAAAUUCCAUUCUUGUGGCAAUACCAUACAACCGCACAGCAAUAAACACUGUGUCUGUUAGAAAAUGAAAAUAAUAUUUAGCAUUAUGUAGGCACUUAAAAUUAAGUUGUAGACUUGAAUAUUGAUAUGGGAAGAUGUUUUUCUUUUGGGCUGGUGGAGACUGAACCCAGAGUCUCACACACGUUAGAUAUGUGCUCUACCACUGAGUUACAUCAGCAUCCCUGUGACACGUCAUUCACUGUAUAAACUGUACAGGUCUCAGAAUAGUAUUUUUUAUUCUUUUUAAAAACCUGUAUGUAACAUUCUUGUAUGCAUCAGCAUAGACUGAUUUUAUUUCCUUAGUGUUUUAGUAUGGAAACUUCUAAAUAAGUACAAAUAUAAUGGGAAUAAUAUAAUAAACAUUAAAAUAUCCAUUAUGCAGAUUCAACAAUUAUCAAUUUCUGAAAAAUCUUGUUUUAUGUCUUGGUUCAUAAUAAGGAAGAAGGGUUGCUUUUAAAGGAAAAACAAAUAUUCUUUGUCCCUCCUGAAGUCAAAUGAUGGUACAUCACUGGGAAAUCAUUAAGAUUAUAAAUACGUGUGCCUGCAAGAAGGCACCUGUUCUUCAACCGGCUCCAUGACAAUCUAUUGAAGACCCAGAUCCAUCUGGGGAGCAGUUAUAGUAAAGCACUGUAGUAAAUAUCUUCCUAAAGGAGUUGGGUAUUUUCUGCUUACAGCUAAGCAGCCACUUGUGAAUCAAAGACAGCUACACACUUCUAAGUUUAAGGUUUCUAAAGUGCAGGAGUACUAGACCAACUCACGCUAACAGAGUAAGAAGGAACUGUGGUCUACAGUUUGUUCCUAAGAGGAAAUAAAUUUCUGCUUGUUUCAUUCCAGUGUUCUGUGGUUCUUUGAGGGCCCAAAAUAUAACCUCAGUGAUUACCAAGCUGUAUUUAAAGCAUCAGGGAGGUAAGGAAAGGGGCUAGAGGAGGGAGCAGUCCAAUUGGAGAGGGAGUUAGGGGAUGGAUUGGUAUCAGGGCCCAAGUGGCUAUGGUUUUUUCCCCUCUGAAGUGUGCUGUGGGGAGCUACUCAGACUGCUUCAAAGCUCAGGGGCACCUAAGAACACCUUAGGAUAUGAUUCCACUGUCUAGUGCAGGUGCACAGUGCAAUAUAAUUAUGUAACCAUGACGUAGCACAGGUAAACACACAUGUGCUGGUUACAGUACUAUUAAGAAUGUAAACAUGAGGUAACAACCUGUAUAAGAAAGAAUUGUACAAUAAAGAUACAGGCAUCUUUUGCUCUGGCACUCUGCUCUGCUCUAUGCUGCCUGCUCUUGCUGAUGUCUUGCACACGUGCAUUCUUUAAGCUUGGGAAUUCACCUGCAGAAAUCCCGUGUGGGCCCCCUGAGAAGACUGACAAGCAUUCAGUAAGUGGGGUGGCCAGGGUAGUGAUGAACCCUAUCCAUAGAACACAAAGCACAUCAUCAGUACAAUUUAUCAAUACCAAUGUCUGUUGUCAGUGGAAACUGCAUGGAACCAAAGACCUAAGUCACAUAUGCAGAUACAUAACUGAUACUUUAAGCUCUCCUCCACCCAUCCUGCCCUUCUUUCAACCCAAAACUGGAAGUGUGGUACUGAGGAGGGGGAGGAAUGUCUCAGAGCUAGAACGCAUUCCAACUUCUCUACUCCAAGUAGCCUGCAUUGGAGUUUAUACUGAAAGAAAGGUGAUUGUAUUUAUGUCAGCUUUGCAAUUCAAAUUUUAAAUUGGAUAGAUUAAAUUCCAAUAAUUAAACUUAUUAGAAAAUUAUGUGGAUGUCAAAUUUUUUUAAGGAGUACGAGAUUUGACAAUUACUGUUGGAAAUCUUAAUGGGAAUAGAAAAAUACGACCAUUUUCUCUUUUUUUUAACCUUUAUAAGAAUUUUAAUAACGAAGAACAAUAAUAUAUAGUAAAUAUUACCUAUGACAUUUAAUUUUUCAUUAAAAUUUAGCGUCUUCUUAACUUUGAAAUAGUAACUGAGGAACCAGAAGUGGCUAUCUGAGACCUGGCCAUGUUGGGAUUUAGGCAGCUGCACAAGAAGGCAGUUUGCCCACCCUCUUGGUAAGUACCCCUGGCGUGGGCUGGGAGGAGAACCAGUCAGCUGUUCCUGUGAGCCUACUGGCACAUGGGCAGAGUUCUGAGCAUCUCUUGGGAGGAUGACCAUAUGCAAUAUAGCAAAUAACGGGGAUUUCCUUCUAUGUUCUGUUUGAAGGCAAAGGUUAUUUUCACUGUUAUGUUUUGUAAUGAUUAUUAUGCUGUAUUCAAUAUUCUCCUUCAACUGGUUUUACAAUGGUCUGUUAUUGGUUUGAUUUCUCUAUACCUAAUUGACUGGACAAUGAUUGUGAAGAUUAUGAGAUAUACUAUAGAACCUAUUACUACUGUCCCAGUAUCCUGCUGUGAAGUUCUGUACCAAUGUUACUACAUUGUCUCAAUUGGCUUUGUUUUAUAUUAUUCUGUUGUAUUUUUACUACAUUCUAAAUUAAAAAAAGACAUAGUAACUGAAUUUCAGUUAAAUCUUAAGAAAUGUUAUUAUAAACAUAACAACUCAGUGCCAUUCCCAAGAUUUCUCUCCUCUAGAAGAAAAAUUACUGGGCCUUGCUGAUCAAAACUCAAAAACAUGUAUACCAUAGCACACAGAUUUGAGGCACAUUUAUCACCCACAAAAUUACAUGAGAAAUUCCAGUUAAAGUUGACAACUUAAACUAGUUUCAAAGUGUUCUACGAAAAAAGAAACAAAAAUUUUGUUUGUUUUUAGGCAAUUAAAAUAAACAGUCCAUUUUGCGUACUUGACAUUACAAAGAAUGAAAACCAAAUAUAUGAUUAUCAUUCCAUAACUGUUCUAUUUUGCUCUUUCAUUCUGAGAAUGCUGUCUUUUUUAAAGAAUCACAGCUAACUGGUCAAAUUUAUUCUGAAAUAUGUGUCCAUACUUGGCCGGCAGCUUCUCAGUCUACCAUGCCAGCUAGCUAGUCUAAACUGUCUCCUGUUAAAUAUGAACAUUUUCCCAGUACUACUUUUAAGUCACGUCUCAUUUGUCUUAUUCCUUAAGAGUUGCAUAGGCUCAUUUUAAAUAUUUUCACCACCUGGAAUAAACUACAGAAUUCACCAAGAGUAGAAGUACUUUGGUUAAUAAUCCAAAUAGUAUGGUCAGAGAAAAAGUAAUGUUAAAAUAUGAAUACAGUCCUCACCACUACAAAAUGUAACAAUUUUUUCUUUAGAAAAAAGCAAGUCCAGAAAGAGGACUCAUUCAAUAAAGAUUGUGAUUCUAAACCACAGCAAAAAGAAUUUUAGUAACUUACUGAUUUUAUUUUUCACUCUAUAAUUUAAAGACAUUUAAUAAAAAUUGUUAUCUGAUGCAAUAACAUUUGCAGUAUGUAAUUUGCAGUAUGUAAUAUUAUAGCAAUACUGAGGUUAACUGUUAAAGAUUUCCAAACUAUUUUCAUAUUAAGUACUUACAUCAUAACCAUCUAUACAGAACACUGGUCCAAUAACAUAACAAUAAAGAUCAACAUCUGGAAAUUUAUUUCACUCAGUAUUCAGAGAUAGAUGGCUUAACCAUGCUUUCCAUCAUUUUCUGCAGUUAAGUCUUUGUUCAUGAGGAAAUCUGCUGGCAAUUGAAUUCUGGUGUUUUCCCAGAAGAAUGUUGAAGGCCAACGCUAGACAACAUACUACAACAUAAGGACUCUCUUUCACUACCAAAAUAUUCCCAAUACUCUAGUUGUGGUAUUGUCUAGGAGGCUAGAGGUCAGGGAUCGAACGUAAACACAGAUGCUUGUAAGCAGCAAAAGUAUAGUCUACCGACUCUGGUAAUUGAGAAUGGCAGACAGGGUGAAACCAGGGCUGAUGGAGGGCGGGAGCAGUGUGCACACCCCGCUGUCCUUCUCUCCCUAUUCUGUAAUACUCUUGUUGAGGUAUCCUACACAACAGCCAAAAAGAUGAAGCACAGUGCUACAACAAAUCUGCGGAGUCACAAGGUACUAACUUAAAGUCACAAUUUUAUAGGAUUUUAUUUUAUUGUAAAAUUUCAUCUAGUUUCUCAGUUUUGACAAACUAUGGAUUUUUUCAACUGCAUUUCUGAUAUAACAAAAUAAACUGAUGUUCUCUAAAUUAACAAUAGAUAAUUUGAACCCUCACACCUUUUCCAGGUAUACGAACUCCUAUUAUCUCCCUUAACCAUUCUGUUCCUGGAAAGUUCUUCUGAGAGAAUAAUAUUUUUAGAAAUUCAUCUAAGAAACAUUAUAUCUCUAUCUUUCUUACUGAGUUCUACCUUGGAGUCAAGCUAGACUAGUAAAAGUGUACACAUAAAAAUAAAUCUCCUUUAAAAAUUCUGUCAUCAACUUCAAAUUCAGUUAUGCUUGCAGGUGAUUUUGAAUUUAUUAUAACAAAUAAUUACAUGAACUCCCCCUUUUUUUUUUUUAGUAAAAACAAUUACCAAUAGUACUCAAUGCAUUUCUAAGUGUUAUUCUCAUAUAAGAAAUUUCUUCAUCAACUUAGUGGCAGAAAAAAUAUUUACUUAAUGUCUUUCUUUUUACUAAUGAUAGUUGUUCGGUAACUUAUGCCAGAAAGUUCAAAACCAAGUUUACAUCUUUAUCAGGGGAACUGUCUUAAACAAAAUGUAGAACAUAUUUGGAUUUUUACUUUUUCUUGAAUGUGAUCAUUACUUUAUUAACUUAUUGUAUACUUUGGAAAAAGGUCUGUUUGUUAAGAGAAGAGUAUGGAUAAAUAAAUUUAGAUCAUGUCACAGUUAAUCCUCCAACAUGAAGUUGAUUCAUCUUAGGAGUGUUUCUAAGAUUAAUUGCAGAAAACCUAGAGUUAAAUUGGGUCCAAAAGCAUUAAAUUCAUUCAGUUUAAUAAUAUUAAUUCAUCCACAUUGUAUUUCCCCAUACAUUCAAAAGCAAAAGAAUUAUUUCAGCAUUAUUAUUGUUAGUUAAUUCUAAAAACCUUAUCUCUAGUUUUUAUUCUGUGCAUCAUAUUUUGUUUAGCCUAGAUUUAAUGACUGGAAAAGUCAUCUCUGUUAUCUUCAAGACAGUCAUGGCAAUUAUAGGACAUUUUAUAGAAGAACAGAGAAAACAAAUCACAUUUUAAUAGGAAUGCAAAGCAAAUAAAGGGGAAGCAAUAGCUGUAGCAACAGCUUGUUCUCCAGAAUCAGGUUUAUUUUUAAUUAAAAGCUUCUGUGGGUUUGAGGACUGACCUCAGGGCCUUACCGCUUGUUAGUCAAGCACUCUACCACCAAGCUUCUCCCCAACUCAUAACAGAUAGAAGUGUUUCAUAUCUUCCUCCUGGGGUAGAAAUAAAGCUUAAUUAGUUAUAUCACUGCUCUGUUUUCUUUAAACAAAUUAAGAUGCAUGAGUACCUUUAAAACUGUACCUAAUGGGAGGAGACAGAGCCACAAAUGAUGACAUCUGUAUCUACUCAGACAUCUGGUUCAUUUAAUAGUUUAACAGUAUUGUUCCACCUGUAAUGUACAUUUUCAUAAACUAACCAGUAAAAGCAUUGCUUUAGUAUUAGCAGGAUGUUACCCCGGUAAUAACUUUGAGGGAUUCCAUGACUCAGUCAUGUUAUUACAGUCAUCCAUGUAUUAUGAAGUGUAAAAGAACUUGGAAUGAGCUAACAGGUGUUUACACAGUAAUAAAAAUCAUCUGGGACUAGCCACACUGCCACAGUGCUUCUGGAUCUUGCGGUCAUCAAGCGUUCAUUGCUGUAAAAUUGUUAAAUAUUGGAAGGACCACACAAUAAUUUGUUGGAUGUUAAAAAUGCCUGUGGUAGAGUUGCUAUUUCACAUGUUAUGUGAUGUAAUAUAUCUACCGUGAGUUUCCACAAGACUCAAAAUCACAAUGUAUUCAACACAUUACUUCUGCAGUUACACAGAAUGGUGCAAACAAUUGAUUCUUGCCUGAAAAGGAGAGUAAUUCUGGGAACAUAUUCUUCAUGUUGUGGUUCAGAACAAAAGGAUUACAAAAAUAACUUCAGAAAAAUGGCAGCAAAAAUAUGAGUAUUUGAUAAAACAAUUCUCUAAGAUCUGUUAUUUUCCUCUGAGAGAUCAAUUAAUUUUGAAAUGAUUGGCUUUGCUUUUUUAUCCUACAACUCCAAGAAUAAUUUUAAUGAAAGACCUAGAUACAUGAAAUAUUCCUCUAGUAGAUAAUUUAUGGUUCAUUUCUCCUGUCAUUUUUUACAUUUCUACUAAAAUGUAAGCUAUAGCAUAAAAUUUGUUGACGUACACUGUAAUGACUUUUCAGAAGUCUGAAUAACAAUUUAUUAUCACAUUUUAACAUGUUUCAAGUGAUAUCCAUUUCUUCUCUAUUUAAAUAUUCUUAAUUUCUGAUUUUUUUAUUUUUAGAAGAAAUAGCCUAUCCUGAUAGGAUUCUUAAAAAUUUUCAGGAAAGCAGUCCCAUUUUCUGCAUCCAUAUUACUAGCUGUCCCAUAAAUCUAUGUAUACAAGACUUUCACGAUAUAUAAACAAUUUACUUACUUCAGAAUCUUUGUUUCAUGAACGAAAAGCCAAAGAGCCAUGAGAUUUUGUUAAAAUGUGUCUGGCAAGUCUCGUUCCAAAAGUUACCUUGAAGAGGAACCUGUUUUCCUUUAACAGCAAAUAAUAAUUAGCAUUUUAAUAAAAUAUAAAUAUCAAUAACAUAGUAUUAUUAAGUUGCCUUAACUUUGCAUUUGCAAACAUUUUAGUUUUAAAGAUCAUAUAAAAGCAACUUAAUUUCAAAAUCUGAAAGUUUUACUAUGUUAAUAUUAUCUAUUUUUGGCUUAAGUGUUACUUCACAGGUGAGUAGACAGAAAUCUUACAUUGUGUACUGAAUGAAUUUAAACAAACUAGCAUGCUAUCCUUCAGUGUUCAGUGAUGCGUUAACUCUAAUAUAAACCUUGUAUAUGCUAGCCCUAAGUAUAGUCUGGUAUUUAGUCACUGCUAAGAGUAAUCCCAAUUAUUGGCAACCUAAUCCCACAUUUCAUCAUGAGUCUCAAUUUCUGUACCUAUUCAAGUGACCCAGAGACUAAAUGGAUAGGUAGUGGAAUUAAAUAGGAUUUAUUUGUUUUAUUUAUAGUGAGCUUUCUUUGGGACUGAUCAUACACAUACUCUUCCCUCUCUCCUUUCUACAUAUAUGUUUUACAAUCUGUUUAUACUAGUCACAGAAUUCCUGUCUAGUAAGAAUUCACUGCUUCUAAAAUGAUAUGAAAUUUUAGUAUAAUAGGUAAAUGUUACCGCAUGAAAACAAACAUUAGAAACACUCUAUGGGGAUUAGAGAAGGAAAUUUAAAGAUUAUACUUGACAUAACACACAGAUAUUUGCAUGUGAAAAUGUUUUUAAAACUAUAUAAAUUAUAUUUACUUUCUGUAAAUAAAACUGAGCUGGCUAAUAAAUUUUAUAUGUUAGUAUUUGUAAAUGACUUUUCUGUUGGAAUGAUGCCAGUCAGUUUUAAGAUACUAAUACUUUUCUACUUUCUAUUGUAUUUUUAGCUUACUUUUAAUUAAUACCAAAGGAAAACUUUUGAUUAACCCAUGACACAGUAGAAACCAUGUCAGAUUAGUUUUAAAAAUAUUGGUGACAGUCUUUGUGUGAUGGUUCACUAUAUAAUUUUUGACUAAGCCAUUUAACUUAAUUAAAUCUCAAUUUCACCCUUGGAAACAUGAGGAAGCUCAGCAGAAUGCCUGAAAAUUCUGUCCAGAUUUAAACAUCUGACCCCUCUAAAAUUUCUGCCCUGUGAUAAUUUUUUAUAAAAUAACUCUCAAAUUCCUUCUCCUUUAAGUGUUUAUAAGUUAGUUUUGCUCUUGGCCCCUAUAAAAUUUGUCUUUGUUCUACUAGGCACACAGACUCUCUACUGUCCUUGCCAAGACUCGUCAGGCUGGUUCUGCUUGGCUCAUGGGUGACUUCUUUCUUCACCGGAGUCUAGCCCACAGAGUGGCUGAUGGAGUUGAGGGAACCACUUCACUGCACGCUUCCUUCUCCACUGGGCUCUUCCUCGCUGGUCAGCAAUGCAUCCGCUAGCUGUGGUGAGUGCCAGGAAAAGAGCUUGUGUGCAGCCCUGGGUUAUUGGCCUUAUCAGCUUUCUGUCCCUGAUUGUGCUGGCGGUGUGCAUUGGACUCACCAUUCAUUACGUGAGAUACAAUCAAAGGAGGACCUACAAUUACUAUAGCACGUUGCCAUUCACAAGUGACAAAAUGUAUGAUGAAUUUGGAAGAGAAGGUUCCAAGAAUUUCACAGAAAUGAGCCAGAGAAUUGAAUCAAUGGUAAAAAGUGCAUUUAAUGAGUAUCCACUGAAGGGAGAGCUUGUCAAGUCUCACAUUUUCAAGUUCAGUCAGGAGGAAGAUGGACCACUGGCUCACAUGCUGCUCAUUUUUAGAAUCCGUUCUACUGAAGAUCCUGAAGUCAUUAAUAAAAUUAUUCAACGUGUUCUACAUAAAAAGCUGAAAAAUGCAGUAGGACCUCCUAAGGUUCAUCCUGAGUUAGUUGAAAUUAAAAAAAUCAACAAGACAGAAUCAGACAGCUAUCUGAACAAUUGCUGUGGGACCCGAAGGGUCGCAUCUGUGAAAGAGAGUGUCAGGAUUGUGGGUGGGACAGAGGUAGAAGAGGGAGAAUGGCCGUGGCAGAUCAGUCUGCAGUGGGAUGGGGUCCAUCGCUGUGGGGCAACUUUAAUCAACAGUUCCUGGCUCGUGAGUGCUGCUCACUGCUUCCAAAAGUAUAAGAACCCAACCAGAUGGACUGCUUCCUUUGGAGUAACAAUAAAUCCCUCCAAAAUGAAAACAGGCCUCCGGAGGAUAAUUGUCCAUGAAAAAUACAAGCACUCAUUGCAUGAUUAUGACAUUUCUCUUGCAGAGCUUUCUAGCCCUGUUCCUUAUACAAAUGCAGUGCAUAGAAUUUGUCUCCCUGAUGCAAGCCAUGUGUUCCUCCCAGGGGAUGAGCUGUUCGUGACAGGAUUUGGAGUAACACGGAAUAAUGGUUACGCUCAGAAUCGUCUUCGGCAAGUACAGAUUAAUCUCAUAGACACUAAAACUUGCAAUUCACCUCAAGUUUACAAUGGUGCUAUAACUCCAAGAAUGUUAUGUGCUGGUUUCUUAAAAGGAAAAAGAGAUGCAUGCCAGGGUGACUCUGGAGGACCAUUGGUUGGUGCUGAUGCUAGAGACAUCUGGUACCUCGCUGGAAUAGUGAGCUGGGGAGAUGAAUGCGGGAAACCCUACAAGCCAGGUGUUUAUACGAGAGUGACCGCUCUCCGGGACUGGAUCACCUCCAAAACGGGUCUCUAGGGAGAACCAGUGCAACGCAACUUCUUUCUCUCUGUGCAUGUGACAGUUCAUGUUUAGAGAUGCAGAAUUGCAGAAGAAGCCUUAAAAAUCUCAAGGAUCUGAUCCAUCUCACUUAACUAUCUGGUCGAUGGAUACUUUUCCAUCCUAGUUCUCCUCACAUAAAAGCGUCUUAUUUCUGCCAGAUGAACUCUGCCCAACCUAUAUUCAUGUUUUCUGGGCAUUUUCUGUCAUCAGAAUCUUGGCUUUUUGACAUAAACUUUUCAUGGAAUUAUACAAUUGAAGCAAUGCCUUUUUUCAUUUUUCUCAGUUUCUCUCAUCUCAGCACAUUUUUAAUUUCAUGGUUUGGUACAAGGAAUGAAAGAAAAUAUAAAAACUGUUUUCUAAUGUGUGAGAAAAUAUUGGGGGUUUUUCUUUUGUGGCAUAUGAAAAAUGAUCAUAUUCAUGAUGAAAGGUCCACAAAGAGAAGCAGCAUCUGUUCAACACCUCAUGAUGGAAAAAGAAUGGAAACUAAAGGAAAUUAACUCAAGGAAAUACAGAGAGAAGCUCUAGUCAAGUGACUACCAAGAGAAAAGUGAAAACAGUCCUGUUUUCUUAUGAUUAGAAUAUUUAUACAAACCCUAUGUAAUGUACUUGUUUUGCAUAAGUUAAAACAAGCAAUAUUGACUUAACAGGAAAUUCCUGAGGAUGUUAGCAUAUCAUAACAAAGUGAUUUAGCCAUCUAUUUGCUUGAUAUUAUAAUAUAACCUGUGAAGAUGUGACAAUGUGGGAAAUGUUAACAGUCAAUAGAAUGAAAAGCCUUACAAUCUGAGAUUAGAAUGGCAAUUGAUUAAAGAACAGUUAGCAUGCCUUAUGUGGUAACAGUAAUUGUGGGGUUGAGAGGAGUGGGUGAAGGCAACCUCAGCCCAGACUGUUGACUGAAGUUGGGUUGACUAAGUGGCAUCACCAAAUGCUGUGCAUCUCAAACGCUCCUGUGCUGAAAAACUUAAGGGGCAUAGGCCCACACACUGGCACGUAGCUGUAGCCAUGCAGUUCACACUGUGCUGGGUCCUCAUUUUGGGAGAAGGCAGAAGGCCUCUUUGCUGUUUCUAGUUCGUCUGUGAACAGAGGUCCCUUUAGACCUAUUGAGCUUGAGAUGGGAGACAUCCUGGACAACACCUCUGUGAUGCAUCUAGGACAACACUGUACUACUGAUUUCCUGGAUACAAAUGGAAGAGAAAGAGCUUGGCAUGGGCUGACUUAGUCAUUUUAAAUUUGAUAGGUUAUUCUGAUCCCUUAGAGACACCAUAGUCAAGUGAUCUGGACCAAGAUUAAGUGAGGACUGGUGCCAUGAGAGAUGACCUGCUAAUGGCAAGAUGCAGUAGUCUUUUAAUUGCCCUUCCUCAUUUUUUUUUUUUUUUUUUGAGACAGGGUCUUUCUAUGCAGUUCAGGCUGGCCCUGAGCUCACUUGAUAGCCCAGGCUGGUCUCAAAUUUGCAAGAUCCUCCUGGCUCAGCCUCCAGAGUGCUGGGAUUACAGGCAUGAGGCACCACACCCGGCACCUCUUUUCAUUUUUUACAGAACAUAAAAAUGACCCAAAUAACAUUGGCAUAUGCAUUGAUUAGAUUUAGUCAUUUGUCUAGAAUAAGAUUUGAAUAAUGACAUUAAUUAAUAAUUAAUAAUGUUGAAUGUUUUAUGUAAAAACUUUGUGUUCCAUUUAAUGAAAUUUUUUGAGGAAAUUGAGAGGAAUCAUUAUAGUGGACUUACAAACUCCGUUUGUUUACAAGGGCUGGUUGGAAUUCAAGUUGGUUGUAAAUCAAGACUAUUUUCCCCAAAAGAAAUAAUGGAAAUACCUAUAAUGUGUUCUGAAUCUCCAAAAUGCCCUUUCACUAACCUUUUAUAAUAAAAUAGGGUCAUGUAAUGUGUAUAACUUACCAGAAACACCCAUAAUUUUCCUAGUGUGUUCACCAGAAAGCUAUAAAAUGUGCCUAGUUUACCAGAAACAAUUUCACACUGUACUCGCCACUAAAGCUGACAUCUUUGGCUUGCAGGAAGGAAGGAUGAGGUGAAAGGUGGUUACUGUUUGGAAGGAGACUGCCCUUCCAUGAGAACAUCAGAAAUCUGUGUUCAGGCUGACAGUUACCUAUGCUUUUCUGGCAUCAUGAACCUUUGUUUACAAUUGCACAAGCGGCUGGCCAGGUUGUAACUCAAGACUUUGGUUGCAAGUUUAACCUAAAAUUCUGUUGUUCCUAUGCAAGGAUGGUCCUAAUGAGGGUGCACUGUAAUGUGACAAUAUAGGUCUGUUCCAUACUAACUUUCAGCGUUACAUAAAAUUUGAGUCCCAUGUAUAUUCUGCAAUGUGACCACUGGGUGGCAGCCUCUAAACUGUAAGAAAGUUAAGGAAGAAGGAAAUCUGGAUUUAAGAGUCUUUAAAGGGCUGGGGAUAUAUUUCAGGGGCACAUUUCCUGCCUGACAAGUGCAAGAUCCUAGUUUGAUUCCCAGUACCAAAAAAAAAAAAAUCAAGUAAUAACAGAAACUAUAAUAGAAAUUCUAAAUUAGAAUAUUGUAAAACCAAAGACUACAAGUUAUCUUUUGAAAUACAUUUUUAAAUGAACGCAUGUUAGUGCUAUUAGUAGUAUUUUCCAGAUUUUUGGGAAUUAGACUUCAAACUCAAAUGAAAUUUAUGCUUCAUGAUUUGAGGAAAUCCCAUACAAACUUGGAAAGAUUUAAAUUAAAGAAAAAUUCUCAAAGUUUUAUUUCAUAAUGGCCUUAUAUUCCUCAGAUAAUAUUGUUGGUAUUUCUGUAUAGAAAAGGCUUAAGAAUUAUAGGUGUGAGUAACAGCUAAGAUAAAAGCAGUUGUUCAACCUUUAUGUGCACAGGGAAAUAGAUAAUACACAAUACUAUCCCUAGAGUAGUAAUUUAUUAUGAAAAAUAAUGUAUUAAAGGUCUUCAUAUUCUUGAAUAUAUCUGUGGCAACCUUUUUAUGUCCUCCAGUACUGGAGAUGUAACCCAGGAAUUUUGCUCUGAGCUACCUUCUCAGUCAUUUACUAUUAUUAUUAUUAUUAUUAUUAUUAUUAUUAUUAUUUAAGACAGAGUCUCAUUAUAUAAUUCAGGCUGGUCUUGAGCUCACUUCGUAGCCCAGACUGGCCCUGAACUCAGUGCAAGUCUCCUGCCUCAGCCUCCUGAGUGCUGAGAAUAUAGACACACACCACCACGCCUGGCAUGUUUUUAACUUUUGAGUUAGUAUCUCAUUAAGUCGCAAAGUUACUCAAGCUGGGCUUGAAUUUGGGAUCCUCCUGCCUCAGUCUUCUAAAGUAUUAGUAUUAUAGCAGUGUAUCACAAUGCCUGGCUUAUGUUAGCCAUUUUAUCGAAGAAGUUUAGGUCAUGAUUGUAAUAUUUACUGUAUAUACAAGAGGGCAAGCAAUUUCUUUUACAUAUUUUCACCUCUGUUCCCACAGCAUCUGAUGAGGUUUUCACUACAUGAUAAGUGUCUGUGAGUGGAUUUUUUAGUUUUGCAUUGUGCAGAAAACAUGGCUUCAGUAUUGUAGUCGUGACAUAAGGCCAGUUGAGUAAAUGACAGGCCACAUAGAGGACAGUGGUCCCAUUAGGUUAAAAUGGAGCUGAAAAAUUUCCAUUUCCUUGUGAUAUGGUUGCUAUCACGCUGCAGGGCACACCAUGAUUUCCAUGUUCAUUGUGAUGGUUGUGGCCUCUGUCAUUCAGGUUUGGGUCAGUAUGUACUGCGGCUUUCAGUGGGUGAAAAAGCCUAAAGACUCAUUUCAUAGACCGCAUUCUGUCAGACAGUGACACAUGACCUAUUUACAUACUGAUUUUUCUAAGUAAUCCCAGACUUUACACUAUGACUUAAACCAACCAUUUAAAUAACUGGCUAGAUCACUUACCCAUAAAAUAGAUCUAAUAUUUACUCAACUAAUUGCUAAUAUUACUCAAAUAAUUUACUCAAAUAAUUGUAAUAAAACUGAAAUGUUUGGAACAUGAUGAGCACCAGUCUUAGAGCAUGUUUGGGACCCAAGAAAUAGAAAAUAGUAUUCCUGAGUCUGUACUGAAACUACAGUUUUGUAUUAAACUAUACAUUCAAUAAUAGGUUGAAUGUACUCUUUGAAAUUAAGAAAUAAUUAGAUCCACAGAAUGUUGUUACUAAUUCUCAUUCUACAAAAGAGAUUUCAUUGGGAUCAUUCCAAUCCUAUUAUAAAAGUAGUCCCUCAUUGGGAUGAUUUAUUCUAAUUUUCCAUUUCAACCUUGAAAAGUGAUAAAUAUGAUUAAAUCUGACUGAAGUAUAACAGAAUCUACAGUCGAAUUGAAAUGUUGCCUCUUUGAAAAUUUUAUUUUUCAGGUAGAUAAAGUCCUCCUUUCUGAAAUCCCUUAUGACUACCUUUUAAAAAUUCUCAGGUAAUUAUAAAUUAUAUUUGCAUACCAUUGUAAAGUAAUACAGAAAAAUACUGUGUAUCUUAAACCAGUUUCUGGCAAUGGUAAUAUUUGAUUUAGUUAUAGUAUAAUAUAAAACCAGGAAAUUGAAGCAAUAAUUUCUCAGCCCUUAAUUCAGAUUUCACUAGCUUUAAAAAAUAUAAUAAUUGUGUCUGUUUGCAUGACAAAUGUAUUUAGCUCUGUCCAUGUAGAUCUGUCUAACCUCCACUAUAAUCAAGAUGUUUUAUCAAAGGCUCUCUCAUGCUAAUUCAUAUCUACUUGGCUCCCUUGCGAACAAUGUUCCUGGACUAAUCCCUGUUAAUCAGAAACUUGUUCUCCAUCUAUACAGUCUUACCAUUUCAAGAAUUAUACAUAAGUGGACUCAUACAGUGACCAACCUUUUCAUCUUGGCUUUUUCACUUAGUAUAAUUCUCUACAAAUCUAUGCAGGUUGCUGUGUGUGUCUAUCGUCCAUUCUUUUUAAUUGCUGAGUAGUGUCACAUGGUUGGACGCACUAGAGUUUGCUUAACCAUUCACCCACUGGAGGGCAAUGAAUUGUUUUCAGUUUAGAACCUUAUAAAUAAAAUUGCUAUGAAUCUUCAUGAGUAAGAUUUUGUGUGAAUGUAAGUUUCACUUUUGUGGAAUUAAUGGCCCGUAUUAUAAGUCCACAUUUAGGUUUUACAGUCUAUGCCUAAAUAUUUUAUAUAUAUUGAAUACAAGUGAUAUAAGUUCCAGGAGAGUAGAGACUAUAACUUAUUUAUUUUUAUUUCUCUCAAAGUUCACCAGACAGUAGUAAGUUAUGAGUUUCUCAAAGUUUUAUAUCAAGUCUCAAUAAAGGCAGGGGACUUAGUUUGGUGAUAGAGUAUUUGCUUAGCAUGUACAGAGCUCUAUAUUAAAGAUUAAAGAUAGUAAUAAAAAUAAGCAUUGUAAUAUAUACAAAAUUAAAAAGAAAAAGUGACUUGGGUGAGAAAGAAUUAGCAAUAUUGCCUUCAUGAAUGUGUUACAGCCUAGUUUCUGUAAUUCUGGACUUUACCACAGUAGCUCCAAUUUCCUUGAGUUGGUUAAUAUUAAAUCUUUGUCUUUACUUUCACACCUGAUUCACAAUAAAACAGACUGAAACCAUGAA